CUCAUUUCAGUAUGCACUCAUUCACUCUAUGAUGCUCGCCUAGUUGAGAGGAGUUUUUCUGUGCCCGGCUCCCGAUGUGUGCGUAAAACUUUCUAAUGAAAUCAAAAAAUAAUUUUUGACCAACCUAGAAUUCGUUCUACUUAGGGUCAAGAGGGAUUCAAGACAAUCACAUAACUUUCCCUGCAAAAGAAAACUUCAGGUAUGUCAAGAUUCGUUUUUUAUCUUUUUGGGAAAUCACACCCAGGAGCUGUGCCAAAAUCAAUUGUGGAUAAAAACAUUUGUAAUAGUUUUUCAAAGUUGUUUGGUAGACCUCACACAAAAUUGUCGAAAACAGUGGGGUGCAAUGGAUUUGUAUUACUUUCUAAGGAUGUUAGGAUGUGCCGCUUUAAUUCCUUGGGGAAGGUAGUAGAUGUGAUUGGUUUAACAAGUACCUUUCUCUCUGUGAAGAAUCAUGGAGCCCAAUUCUACUGCGGGAGGGGCUGAGGAAGAGCACCAUGGAAACUACUCACCAAAUCCAGUAAGUCCACUUUAGAAAACAGCGGAUGACAUGAAAACUAAUUGAUUUCUGGGACUCAUUCUGCUGUCUACAAGUGCAUCUUGCAAGAGGUUUGGGGUUCCAUACCUCAUGGAUUUAAUUCAUAAUUAAUUAAAUUCAAUAAAAUAAAAUACCUAUCUGCCUGUAACAGUUAACCCAUCAAACCUGCAUGCCAUAUAUCAGAUCUAGUUCUUAUUUGGAUAAUUUAAUCAUCCAGAAAAGUAAUAUCAUGGAAGGCCUACCAGUAAUAGAUCCAUCUGCAAAUAGCAGGAUGAUAAAAAAAAAAGUGUAUUUGAUCUUACAACAUAAAGCAAUUGAAAACGUUUUUUUUUUGUUCUUAAAAACUCCACUUCAUUAAGAAAGUGACAUUCUUAAAACCCCAGGGGGUUCCACUGACCACUGGGGAUCUUUCUGGGGCCUCUCUAUGCUGAGAAUCAGUGUUUUACAUCUGGCUGUCGCCGUGACCCUCCAGCUCGGCUGCAGCUGUUGCUCCAAGUAGGAAGGUCAACUUCGAGGAGGAGAGCCCUCCCAAAGAGGGCCACCAGGGUCACGACGAAGGUCAAUUUAACGAAACAUGAUGGGACAGGACCAUCGUGGAGUAGCGUUGCUAUAGCGGAUGUCAUGCAGUUUAGAAAAAUUGCAUUUACUCGAUAAAUAGGGAAUAAUAGUCUUUAUCUAAAAAUAAACAUGGCUCUUAACCUAAACAUGGCUGAUUAUAAUAAUCCAAACAUGGCUUUCUAAAUGAGUUAGAACCAAUAGAUAGUGAUUGACAACAUCGUGGCAAGGCAAAGUCAGACUGGGGAGAUUCUUACCUUCCCUUUCCCCUCUCUUUUUUCCUUGUGCCAGUCUGCCGAGGUGGCGCCUGGAAAGCACGCGGUGUCAGAGGCCUUGGAAGAGGUGCAGGAGGAGUUGAUAGAACAUCAACCUCUGGAGCAGGAAGACCUGAACUUUGAGAAAUGGAAGCCCAAGCCCAAACCUAAGAGGACGCUCCACGAGAAAGCAGGCGACGUGAAGACAUAUCUAUGGAACGCUGAGACCAGAGAGUUCAUGGGCCGCACUGGGCAUAGCUGGUGUAAGUAGAAGUGAUCAGUAGUAGCAGAACUGCAUGUUGCGCUUGCCUAUCAUAUCACACAAAAUAUUCCACCCCCAAGAUAACGGCUAAAGCUUGUGCAUAAUGCAGUGUUCAAAACUGCAACAUUAGGUCUACUGACACAUUGGUACUUAACCUCUGUAUAGAUCCAUUAACCUCACUCUCAUUUGUAAUCAUUACAAUGUUAAUCGCCAAUGGUUGAAGGCAAAAGUGGUGGUUUCGUGGCUUAUUGUUUUUGGAUGAUGGGCUAGGGGGGGGGGGGGGGGUUAGCAAGAGAACCUCGUUCCUCGCCUCUGCUCACUGUACUGUGAGUGUGUGUGUCCCCGAGCUCCAUGUUUACAUAGGUGCACAGACAACUCUGUCCCGAUGCGGACAAAAACAAGGCUGCCUGGGGACGGAUUCCCGGCGGGAGUGCGCUGUUCCGGGCCGUGCGCUGGCCAGGAAUCACAUUCCUCAUACCCCUCACCUGGCUUUCCACCGCCUCUUUCCCAAAGCUCCCGUGAACUCUGCAUUUGACCCUAGCGCGCUCGCGCCCCCACGGUCACAGGCGAACACAUAGGGAGUAGACAAGUGGGGAGGGGUUUCGUAGAUAGAAAAAGUUGUCAAAUUUCGUUGGCUGUUCGGCGCAGUCCGUUAGACAAACUUUCUUGGCAGAGGCUGUUUCCUGGGGUUUCAGAGGCUGUUUCCUGGGGUUUCGGAGGCUGUUUCCUGGGGUUUCGGAGGCUGUUUCCUGGGGCUUGUUGAAUCUGUGAUGAUGGAGCAGGGCUCUUGAUCCGACAGCCUUGUUGCUAUGUGAUGCGUUUGGGUUUGAACUGUACCAUACGAGAGCGGUCCAAGGGGCCAAGCUUUGAGAAAUGUCUCAAGAAAGAGCAUGUUCCUCCUGAAAACGUCAGAAGCUGAAAACUUGCUGUUUUUUCAUCAUCGUGCCCAGUAAUACAGAAGACAAAAUGCCAGGCUCAGGACAGGGAGCGAUAGUUUCAGAAAGCAAUGUGUGCACACUUUGGAAGGAUUGGGGCCCAAUGUGCCCCCUGGCAAGAAAGGAGAGGGGACUGAGUUUGAAGUAUGUGAUGUGUGUCCUGUGUGAGAGGAGUGUGAGAGGGGGACACAUUAACAGAGUGGGGUGAUCGGGGCUACUUGGAGCUGGCCGUGGCUCUAUGGCUGCAAAAGACCGUCACUACGAUGGCAACCGGAGGUUCACUGUGUUCCUGAGUGAAAGGACUGCUGGGAGAAUUCUCACUGAGCUCAAACAGUAAGGCCUUUGUGGGCUCAGGGGACGCAAGGCUGGCUGCAACCAGUCCCCUGUGAAAUUGCCUGCGCAGUAAAAGCCUCUAGUUUAGGGCACGUUUGGGUUUGAUUAGUUGCUAAUGGACUGUUAAUUGCAAUUUGGGGAGAACAAUGGCAGGUUUUAUUUUUUCACACAGUUCAGAUAAUUUGAAUGAGUUUGUUAACUAAUAUAUUUCAUAACAAAAUACAAACUGAUUGGAGUGAUUCCCAUUUGCAGACAUGGAGAGACAACUCUUUUGUAUUGGUUAAACACAUUAGUGAGCAUCCUGAGCAAAGCCAUUAUGAGUGUCUAGACAGCCCAGACAGUUCCAACUUCCAACAUAGUAACAGUGGAUUCUUUAUACUUCAUUAUAUACAUUUUUACAUUUACAUUUUAGUCAUUUAGCAGACGCUCUUAUCCAGAGCGACUUACAGUUAGUGAGUGCAUACAUUUUCAUACUGGCAACUCAAAUCAAAGACUUUCCGUUCUGGUGCCGUGCUUGUAGUCUUUCCAAUCCACGCUGAUAGCCAUAACCACAACUGUUACCCUCGGCGUUCUUCUCAUCAUGUCCAUGAAAUUGAGUUACAGUGACUGAGAUUAAUUCAUUCUCUUUAUCUACCCUCCAUGUUACCUCCUAGUUCUGAUCAUCCUCUUCUACACUGCACUGUAUGCCUUCCUGGCGGCCAUGUUUGGUGCCUGUAUGUGGUGCCUCAUGCUGUCUAUCAGCCCCUACUAUCCAACCCACAACGACAGGGUGAUGCCACCAGGUAAAUAUAAACUCUAACCCCGCCACUCCCUAUUUCUCUAUCAUUCUAUCCCUCUAUCACUCCUCCGUCCCUCUAUCUGUCCAUUCUAUCUGAACGUAAGCACAGUUGACUGUCUAUGGGUUUCCUUUGGCAGGUAUGACGAUGUCCCCACAAUUGGAUGGGCACUAUGAGAUCGCCUUCAAUGCCUCCGACCGCAAGUCUUGGAAGAAGUACGCAAAGCUAAUGGAAGAACAGCUAAGACGUGAGUCAGAUACAUGAUGGAAUAGUUGGCAUUUGGCCAAACUUGAAAAGAAACAUGAACGGAAAUUCCACCGUGAACAUGACAUUACCAUGUAGAUUCAAACGUUACUUUUAGCUGUACGUAAAUGCGGAAGUGUGGUCUGAAAGUUAGCUGAGGAUAGUGUUUGUUUGUGUUGGGUCCAAUGGGAUUUAAAUGUUGGGGACAUGUUGGGGAACGUUGGGGGUAUGACAUUGAAGCAGAAUAGGCACACAGUAAGUUAAUCCUCUCCCCCUACCUUCCCUACCUUUGUCCCCUGCCCCAACCGCCACUGGGAGAACUGCAUGCUGGGAAGGGAAAGCCUCUUUGUGGGCAGAGCGUAUCCAUUGAGUUCUGCUGCUUUUUUUCCCUUCUUCAGUAGCCCGCUUUGGUCAGGCUGCCUGAAUCAGAGGCCUGGCGAAGCAAUUGGUUUAUUUAUGGGAGCCCACCCCUCCCCAUCCCCCUCAUUUUUCAACAUUCUCCAUUUCUAUUUUUUCAACCAGUUGCACUCCUUGACAUACAGUAGCAUAUACCAUUCUUUAAAUUAUCAAUGGUGUUUCAGUGCUAACCAUUAACCCCCAUGAAAAAAACGACAAAUAAUUGUUUAAUGUCUCUCUUUCAGCGUACAAUGACGCCGUACAGGAGCAGAGGAACAUCCAGUGUCCGCAGGACGCGUACUUCUUGCAGGAUGACCAGGAGGAGAGCGCAGAGAGGAAGGCGUGCCAGUUCAAGAGGUCCUGGCUGGGCGAGUGCUCAGGGCUCCAGGACCCCCACUUUGGAUUCUCCCAGGGGAAACCCUGCAUCCUCCUCCGAAUGAACCGGGUAAGACACAGCUCAGAUCGUAGAGAUCUCCCCCAUGGAGGACCCAUCUGUUAGCCUGGUCCUGGAUCUGUUUGUGGUGCGAGAAUGACUCCUGUGAUCGUUGUCAUGCCAAACGUGCUUGGCACGAUCAUAGGAGUUGGCAAAGACAGUCCAAACAGAUCUGGGAUCAGGCUAUCCCUCUAUAGCAUCAGUCACCUAACAUGAACUCCAUCCUAAAGCUGCAUAUAUAAUCAGCGAUUGCUAAGAGAUAGUGUUAUCUGUGUUAUAGACGUAAAGUAGAGUUUAUAGAUGAAAUGGAGGAUGAUACCAUUGAGGUAAUCUGAGAUGGAUACAGACAUUUCAGUGACAUCUUGUGGCCAUUGUGAGGAGCAGAUAACAACGGUCUUGUGAUAUGAUUACAGCGUUCCUGUGACUCAAGUCAAUGUUAUUAUUGUUACCAUUAUAUACUGUAACCUAUAGUUUUAUUGUCCCCAUUUUGAACGUUUUCGAGUGAAACCUGGUGGGGAUAUCCAAAAUGUAUCUCAUCGCUAGGUAGAAAACUGAAGACAGCCACUGUGAAUGAUAAAUAUGCAUAGAUUUACAACAUUGUUUCUCAUCAAAAUGACGUUAUAACAAUACAAGGGUCCUUUCUUUGCUCUCAUUCCUUUGCCUGUAGAUACUGGGCUAUUUACCUGGCCAAGGCACUCCUGUAAACGUGACCUGUGGAGUCAAGGUACAGUAACAGUCAGCAUUCCUCCCUCCAAACAUCACAGGGUGUAAAACAUCUCUUCGUAACUGAAUAUCAUAACUGCUUUAGUCACCAAAAUAUAACUCACUAGGUGACCACUCACUCUUUCAGAAAGGAGCGCCAGAAAGCUUGGGAGAACUUCAGUUCUUCCCAAAAAGCAUUUUCAACCUGAUGUACUACCCGUACUAUGGGAAGCUGAGACAUGUAAGUGAGGAUUUUCAGCAUCAUGACUUCCACUGUUGCUCUCAUGAUCUAGAUUAUAUGCAUGAUCAUAGUGACGAUAGCCACUCAAGUUGCUUGUGUCCCAUAUCCCUUCUUCCAGGUGAACUACACAGCGCCGGUGGUGGCCGUGCGUUUCAAUGGGCUGCAGUACGACACCCACAUCGUUGUAAAAUGCAAACUCAAUGGCAAGGGCAUCAUCAAUGAUUCGCCUACCGAUCGCUUCCUAGGCAGUGUGUCCUUCUCCUUCGAUGUGGGCGCAUAGUAGUAUUCCCCAUGCUGCAUGCUGUCCCCAUGACAACCAGAAGACAGGAGAAUAUAGGAAAAAAUCUCAUUAUGUUGAAUCCUUGUUUUGCAUAAAAUAGUUGACCAGCUUCUCUCUUCUCCCAUUCCCUCAUGUACUCUUGUGCCUUUUGCUGGAAAAAAACAAUAAUUUGGAAUGUUAAUGGAUCAUAAGCACACACACACCACACAGACACCUCACCGAUAGUCCUGAGCACAAGCUAAGUAGAGAAACUGAACAUUACCAUUGAAUACUACGCAAGAUUAAUACCACUAGCUAGGUUUAUGAAAUACAAGGCUCAUCUCACAGGUAGUUAGUCUCUGUAGCUAUGCAAUUUAUAAUUUAAGACAUUAUUAAUAUACAUAAAUACCUACUGUACAAUAAGGAUAUAAGAGGAACAUUUUAAGCACAUUUUGAUUUGAAAUCAAAUUGUGUACUAAUUUCUUUUGAGUUUGUACCCUUCAACAGCAUAUCUAUUGUGUUUUGUAGACUCCAAGGGCUACAAUAUGAAGAAUGGUAAAGGCUGGACACUUUUACUUACACAGUAAGAUAAACAGUAAAUGACUAGGUUACAUUUCAGGUUUUACACAGUAAGAUAAAAGUAAAUGACUAGGUUACAUUUCAGGUUUUACACAGUAAGAUAAACAAUAAAUGACUAGGUUACAUUUCAGUAAGAUAAACAGUCAAUGACUAGGUUAUAUUUCAGGUUUUGUUGUUGUUGUUUGAUAGCGCCUUAUUCUACAUUUAUUGAUAAUAUACACUGAGUGUACAAAACAUUAAUAUUGAGUUGCACCUCCGUUUGCCCUCAGAACAGCCUCAAUUCGUCGGGGCAUGGACUCUACAAGGUGUCGAAAGCGUUCCACAGGGAUGCUGGCCGAUGUUACUCCAAUGCUUCCCACAGUUGUGUCAAGUUGGCUGGAUGUCCUUUCUUGAUACACAUGGGAAACUGUUGAGCGUGAAAAACCCAGCAGCGUUGCAGUUCUUGACACAAACCGGUAUGCCUGGCACCUACUACCAUACCCUGUUCAAAGGCACUUAAAUAUUUUCUCUUGUCCAUUCACCCUCUGAAUAGCACACAUACACAAUCAAUGUCUCAAUUGUCUCAAGGCUUAAAAAUCCUUCUUUAACCUGUCUCCUCCCUACACUGAUUGAAGUGGAUUUAACAAGUGACAUCAAUAAGGGAUCAUAGCUUUCCCCUGGAUUCACCUGGUCAGUCUAUGUCAUGGAAAGAGCAGGUGUUGUUAAUGUUUUGUACACUCAGUGUAUCAGCCCUAUGCUGCCAUUUUGUUUUCUUUUGUAUGAACACAAGACUGCUACUGAGACUGUAACACUGCAGGCUGACUUUGAUCUCUAUAUUAGCUGAUGGAAAGUAAGAUCUACUGUGGAAACAGACAGAGGUCACACUGUUGCUAAACUUGUACGCCAGUCUUGCACGCUCUUAAUGAAAUAACAGGCUAUUUUCAUAUAGGCCUAGAAUUAAUCCUUGUUACUGUACCUUUUCUAUGAUUCUACUAAACCUGGUAUCCAUGUAUUUAUUCUGAUAUAUCCUAUAAUAAAUACAAUGUUGAUAAGAACAAUGCUUUUUUCCAUAGGAAUGUAUCUUUUUUACAUGCAACUCUUUUCUUACGUUGAAGAUUGUCAAGCACAGUACAUUAAACAUAACUUAUUACACAUGAACAAACAAGAUAAAGUAAUGACUAUCCUUUAGCCGUCAUUCUCUGAAGGUCUACUUUUCCCAGAUAUACACUCCCCUACAUAUUUAUUUGGACAGUGAACCUAAAAUUUUAAAACAUGCGUCUCUAUACUCCAGUAUUUUGGAUUUCAUAUAAAAUGUUUUGUUAUAUGAGGCGACAGAACAGAAUGUCACCUUUUAUUUGAGGGUAUUUUCAUAUAUAUCUGUUUUACCAUUUUGAAAUUAAAGCACUUUAUGUAUCUAGUCCCCCCAUUCGAAGUUGUCAUAAGUAUUUGGUUAAAAGUUAAGUAUUUGGUCCAAUAUUCCUAGCACGCAAUGACUACAUCAAGCUUGUGCCUCUAUGUGAGAUAUUUAUGCCUCUGUAACUCUCACUCAUCAUUAUUCACGAUUAAUUCAUGAUUAUCCGUAAUCAUGGUAGCAUCCACAUGAAUGUUGAAGUGUUCAGAAACAUAUUCUUAUUUACAAUAAAAGUGACUACAAAAUGACACAAUACAUUAUUUACCGUUCAUUUCUAUUGGGCACAACAUAAUCCGGACCGAAACACAACCAAAACAAACUGCAAAUGCAUCCAUUGCCAUCCAACAAGUUUGUAGAGUCAAAAGCUUUAUGUAGUCAUUACGUGCUAGGAAUAUGGGACCAAAUACUAAACUUUUGACAAAAUGUAAUACACUAAGGGUUGGUUUCCUGGAAAUUGACUAAGCAUAGUCGGACUAAAAAGCACUUUUAAUGGAGAUUCUCCACAUGCUUUUUAGUCUAGUACUAGGCUUAGUCUGUUUCUGGGAAACCAACUCUAUAAGUGAAUUUGUCCAAAUACUUAUGACACCUUGAAAUAGGGGGACUAGAUACAUAAAGUGCUUUCAUUUCUAAACGGUAAAACAGAUAUGAAAAACCCUCAAAUAAAAAGGUGACAUUCUGUACUGUCGCCUCAUAUAAAACAUUUGAUCUCAAAUCCAAAAUACUGGAGUAGAGACACAUUUAAAGUUUUAGCUUCACUAUCCAAAUAAAUAAGUAGGUCAUUGUAGGGUAUGUUCAAAGGCAUUGCAGAAUGAUUUAUUCAUUUUAUUCCAUAAUGUUGAUAUGGUACAGUCAAUGAUCAACACUGCCUAAAGAUAUGGAGACUCAAGCUAAGAAAUAUUAAAAUGGUGAGCGUUAUGCCAAUUCAUAUUGUUUAAUAAAACCACUGUAGCAAAUGUAAACAAUAAACAUGAAAUUAUAUUGACUAAUUGAACAA